CCUGUGCUCGUCUGGCUUCAGACUGUGUGACGCGUCUUCAGCAUGGACUUCCAGCACAGAGCAGCUCUGGACAUCUCCACCAGGAACCCUCAGGACGACUUUGAGAUCCUGCUGAGAGUUGGAGGAGGGACUUAUGGCGAGGUCUUCAAGGCGCGCAGUAAGCAGACCGGAGAGCUGGCGGCCAUCAAGGUCAUCAAGAUGGAACCAGAGGACGAUUUUUCUGUCAUCCAGCAGGAAAUCGUCAUCGUGAAGAGCUGCAAACAUCGUAAUAUCGUGGCGUACUACGGCAGUUACAUACGAGCCAACACUCUGUGGAUCUGUAUGGAGUUCUGUGGAGGAGGCUCCCUUCAGGAUAUCUACCAAGUGACCGGCCCGCUGUCUGAGCCACAGAUAGCCUACAUCUGCAGGGAGAUGCUGCAGGGUGUGCAGUACCUCCAUGCACAGAAGAAAAUCCAUCGAGACAUCAAGGGGGCCAACAUCCUCCUCAACGAUCAAGGUGACGUCAAACUCGCUGACUUUGGGAUCUCAGCUCAGAUCACAGCCACCCUUGCCCGGCGGAUGUCAUUCAUUGGGACGCCAUACUGGAUGGCUCCAGAGGUGGCAGCGGUGGAGAUGAAAGGUGGCUACAAUGAACUCUGUGAUGUCUGGUCAGUGGGAAUCACAGCUAUAGAGCUGGCAGAGCUGCAACCGCCGAUGUUUGAUGUCCACCCGCUGCGGGUCCUGUUUCUCAUGUCCAAGAGCGGCUACCAACCUCCAAAACUAAAGGACAAGUCAAAAUGGUCUUCUAUAUUUUAUACAUUUGUGAAGGCCAUGUUAGUGAGGAACCCGAAGAAGAGACCCAGUGCCUCCAAGAUGCUUUCAAAUCCAUUUUUGACUCAACAGUGUCUGAACCAGGAACUGACCCUGGAGCUGCUCGAGAAGUAUCGACACCCUGAGAAACUCAAGACUUGUCUGGUGACAGAGGAGGAUGAGAUGGAGGAGGCCGUGUCUGGAGCUUUGAAGAGGAUUCAGUCGAUCAACAAACACAACAAGGCAGGCUGGAACAGCUCUGAAUUAAGCCUGGAGCAGAUCUACACUCAAAGACCUUUGAACAAGGACUCAACGUUAAGAGCUUCACUAGGAUCAACCAGCAGCAACAAGAGUCCAGAAAGGGACGCGUUGACCGACUCAGACGAUGACUAUGAUGAUGUCGAUGUACCGACAAUACAAGCCUCCAGUGUCAAAGCACCAGAUGAUGAGACUCCACCUCCUCUUCCACCAAAGCCCAAAGGUCAAACCAGCUCAGAGGAAAGCGUGACGAGUGAAGAUGAUCGGGUGAGGAAACCGUGUUCUCUGAACACCCCCUCCCCUGUCAUCAGGACCUACAGCGGAACACACGUCCGACCUCCACCUCAGCCACCUUCAUCACGACACUCAGACCCUUUGUCCUUCCCUGUCCAGAUGAACGACAACCUGGCAGAUAUUGUGCCUCCUGAACUGCCUCCUAAAGUCUCACGCAGAAGAAGACCACCCUCAAAGGUUGCUGCUGAGAGUGUUAACCCCGUCAUGAAAAAACCUUCAGUCUGCUUUAAGAAGAUCUUCCAUGGUUGUCCUCUUAAAAUAAACUGUUCUACAAGCUGGGAAAACCCAACUACCAAAGACAAUUACCUGAUCCUUGGGGCCGAGGAGGGAAUCUACACCCUUAACCUCAAUGGAUUUGAAGCCACAAUGGAGCUGCUCAGUCCGGGGAAGUGUACGUGGGUCUACGUCAUUAAUAAUGUUCUCAUGUCUGUAUCAGGUAAAUACAAGCAGCUUCACUCACAUAUGCUGAAGGAGCUGUAUGAGCAGGCUCGGAAAGACCAGAGGAUGGCAGCCCUGCCCACUCACAGAUUAUUACCCAGGAAGGGUACAGUUACAUGUAAAAUCCCUGAUACCAAGGGCUGCAAGACCUGCUCAGUGGCAGGUAACGUGCAGCGAGGAUGCAUAUUCUUGUGCUGUGCUCUGGAGUCCAGUGUCGUGCUGUUUCAGUGGUAUGAGCCCAUGCACAAGUUCAUGCUCAUUAAGAAUUUUGACUUCCCCCUGCCCAGCUCCCUGAGGGUGUUUGAAAUGGUAGUAGACCCCCAGCAGGAGUACCCACUGGUGUGUAUAGGUGUGUCUCAAGGGUCAAAUCCUAAUGUGCCGAUCAGUUUGGAAUACAUCAACCUCAACUCCAACACUUCUUGGUUCUCCAGCACCGGCCACGAGAAACCAUCCCCUGACAGAGUGAAGGUAAACCAGUUGGACAGUGAAACCCUGCUUGUCCUUGUAGAUAAAUCUGUACAUAUAGUUGGCCUGGAGGGGGAGCUGAAGAGCAACAGAACUCUUCCACAGGAGACCACCUUCACUGUUGAUGUGGAAUCAAUCGUAUACUUUGAAGACACGCUGUUAGCAGUGUGGCGGCAUGGAUGGCAAAGAAGAGGACAAGGAUUUACUAAGGUUCUGCAGGAAUCCGUAGACCCAAAGAAGAUCCACAGACUUGUGCACUCGGACAGGAUGGUCGUCUUGGAGACGCGUUGGGUUGAGGACCAGACUGGAAUGUCAAACCUGUAUAUCCUGUAAAGCACGUGGCCUCAUGGGAAACAGCAUCAUCAUUUCUCUUCCAGCUCCCUGAACAUCUCUACACACCACUUGCAGUAUUCAAGAGGAAGAUGAUAUUAGGCAUCGACAUUUUGAUUAGUCAGUAAAUUUGUCGUGCAGGGAUGUUGUUGGUGGAGAGAAACUGAACCACAGAUUGCUCCUGAGUUAUUCCUGUGUGUCUGUUAUUUAUGCCGCUCUGUGGACUGUUUCUGUGACCACAGUGCUGUCAGCUGGCACAGACUGUAAUGUUUGUGCUUUAGUAACUUAAAAACAUCUGUUCCAGGACGACAUGAACUUUUCAGAGCAGCAGACCUGCCACCAGCUGUGCUGUGCUUUUAUAACCUGUGAUGUCAGGGGUCGUAAGGUCAGAUCGUAUGACUUAGGUUGUGAUUUGUCACUAUAUAAAUAAACUGAAUUGAACUGGACUAUUGCAUCAAAGACACACACCACUCUCUGUGUGUGUUUGUGUUCUUACACUGUAUCACUCACAUGGACACAAUCAUUCAUAAGCAGCUGUGUGAGUAUUUAAGGGAAUGUGCAGAAUUUUCUUGUACUUUGAAUUUACACUCAGAAAUAUUUAC